AUGUCACAAAUACACCCAUUUCAAGCACGAGCAGAACUGCAUCAUGAAUGCAUUCGUUCGAAUAGUUUACUUCCAAAUCAUAGCACUUUUUUUCAGCAACCACUGCUCUCAGAUGGGCUUCCUCAAUUACCUAUGGGAAAAAGUGGCCAUCCUAUUAUUUCACUCUGUGAUGAUUCUUUAAUGUCUAAAUCAAACAGAUUGUUUGUUGCAUCAAGUCAAAGCAAAGCAAUACAAAGUAUUUCUACAGGUCACCACAAACUAUCUAUUGUAUUUUAUAUUUAA